UAAUAAAAAUAAAAAUAAAAAAUAAAAAAGCCCGAUCGCGAUUCACGGUUUCGUUCGGCUCGUCGUCUUCCUCCAAAAUUCAGAUUUCAGCUGCCGCGUUAGGGUUCUUCUAUUACAGAGCAGCCAUGGUCGCGGUGCCAAAUCCGUAGGUGCGACGCUUUCUCCACCGUCCGAUUAUAAUGGGAUCGUCGUCGUCGUCGACUUUCCCUGUCAUCUGCCUUCUUCACUCUGUGGUUGCCAUCACGAGCGGGACCCUCAUGAUGUUCUAUAUGAAGGAGAUUUACACGAUUGGCCAUGGGAUCGACACCGCCACUAAGUUAAUGGGGUCUACGCCGCACGAUCAGCUCCUGAUUCGGACCUCCGAUUCGUUCUCCGGGUUGCUCCUAUUCGCAAUCGGGUUUCUCCUGUUCAUGGUUUCGUUCGUGAAGGACAAGGAAUUUCAAGGGUUCUUCGCCAAGGGAUGUACAGUGCUUCACGUCUCAAUGGCGAUGUGGAGAUUCUACUUCGAGCGACGAGUGGAGGACAUGGCCUGGGAUUGGCUGAGGCAGAUUGUUGGUGACAUUCUUCUCGCCCUCUCUUGGGUCUUCUUUCUUUUUUAUUCCUGGAGAGAAAAGUAUGAUUAGUUUUCUGAGUAAUUAUCGAGUCUUUUCUUUUGCUUCCAAGUUGCAAAUUGCAUUAAGAUUUCUGAAUCUGGAUACGGAUACCUGUUCAAAAUUCGGGAAAGAAGGCGAUUCAAACGUUCAGGUGAAUAUGGCAGAAAGGGAACAAUCCAUCCCCACUUUCCUUUGUGUGUUUUUUUCUUCCCUUGUUGAUUGUUGAAUAUUUCUCUCAGCUUUGAAAACCACAGUCCUCUUGUAAAUGUUUUGUGCUUAUUGAGCAAAAUUAAAUAUAUAUCAUAUUUGAUGCUUUGUUACUGAGUUCUUCAGUUUAGUGAAAUAGAACAACUGUGUUUCACGGGAAAUCUUGUGAAGAGAGCAUUAUUAGAGCUGCCCACUGAAACUUUUUAUA